CGACUCAAAAAGAAAUUUUUGCGCAGCAAGCAGAAAGGUUUAAGGCACAGUUUGAACUAGCACAAAAGUCAUUGGAUGAAACUCGUGAAUUACUUGUUCAGGAACGUGAGCGCGCGAAAAACUCUGAAUCUUUUGAGCAGCAGCAAGCUGAACUUCUUGAAAAACGUACUCAAAUGAAAAUCCUUGACGAAAGCAACCAGACUCUAAGAGCUGAAAAAGAGAAGUUAGAACAACAAGUUACCACCUUGCAAUCUUCACUUAAAAAGUCUGAAGAAGAUAUACAAACUUUUGAAGCUCAAAUUCAAAGUCUCAAUCUGGAUCGAGAUAGUGCUCUUCAGGAGGUAAAUAUUCUCAAGCAAGAUAAUGAACGAUGGAAGAACCGAUUCCAAACGAUUUUGCAGAAAUAUGGAAUUAGUGAUCCCGCUGAAUUACAAACCUUAAAGGAUAACUUGAAAUCAGCAUCAGAAGAAAGGGAUAAGCUCAAAUUGGAUAUGGCAAAAUUAAAGAAACAGGCAAGCAAUUUUACGAUCAAAUUCAAAAAAUAG